AUGAUGUCUGAAACCGAAGCAGAUAGGAAUAUCAAAGCACAUACAACUGAAGAUGUUGAUGCAAAUGAUUUGUUAGAAGCAACAUAUGAAACUGAAGAAAUAAAAGAUGCAAAUGUUGAAUGUGAGGAAGAUGGACUGAAUAAUGAAAGUAUUUUAGGAAAGGUUUUCGAUACAACUGAUGAUGCAUAUAACUUUUAUAAUGAUUAUGCAUUUGUACAUGGAUUUAGUAUACGUAUUCAUACCACAUGCAAAAAUAAGGGAACAAAUGAACCUUAUCGAAAGACACUUGUAUGCGACAAAUAA